UUGGGACUUGAGAGGCCGGGUGGGGGCUGGCAGGCACGCAGCAGCAGCACUCGCACCAGCAGGAGGGCCUGAUAUAGCGACGCCCAGCGUGCAGCAGAGUUCUUUCGUGACCUCCGCCGUCACGCCCCGCUUCGGCUCUCGCCCGCGUCGUUGCAAGCUCAAGCUCGCGCUCCUCCUGCUCCUCUCGCCCGCCCUCGCUUCUUCGACUCUCGCACCGCAAGCAUUCCAGCAUGGCAGGUUCUGCGCCAGAAGGAUCCCAGUUCGACGCGCGCCAGUAUGACGCGAAGAUGGAGACCAUCUUGGGCGGCGAGGGAGAGGACUUCAUUUCCACAUGGGAGGAGGUCCACGAGACGUUCGACGUGAUGGGUCUUCACGAGAACCUUCUGAGGGGCAUUUAUGCGUACGGUUUCGAGAAGCCGUCGGCCAUCCAGCAGCGCGGAAUCGUGCCGUUCACGAAGGGGUUGGACGUGAUCCAGCAAGCCCAGUCCGGUACGGGUAAGACCGCGACGUUUUGCUCAGGCAUCCUGCAGCAGUUGGACUACCAGCUUUUGGAGUGCCAAGCCUUGGUGUUGGCACCCACCCGUGAGCUGGCCCAGCAGAUCGAGAAGGUGAUGCGCGCACUGGGCGACUACCUUCAGGUGAAGGUGCACGCGUGCGUGGGAGGAACCAGUGUGAGGGAGGACCAGAGGAUUUUGCAGGCGGGUGUGCACGUGGUGGUGGGAACACCCGGGCGUGUGUACGACAUGUUGCGCAGGAAUGCGCUGCGCGCGGAUUCCAUCAAGUGCUUCGUGCUGGACGAGGCCGAUGAGAUGCUUUCUCGGGGUUUCAAGGACCAGAUUUACGACAUCUUCCAGCUGCUGCCCCAGAAGCUUCAAGUGGGCGUGUUCUCCGCCACCAUGCCCCCGGAAGCCCUCGAGAUCACGAGGAAGUUCAUGAACAAGCCGGUGAAGAUCCUGGUGAAGAGGGACGAGUUGACGCUGGAGGGUAUCAAGCAGUUCUACGUGAACGUGGACCGCGAGGAGUGGAAGUUGGACACCCUGUGCGACCUGUACGAGACAUUGGCGAUCACCCAGAGCGUGAUCUUCAUCAACACCCGGCGGAAGGUGGACUGGUUGACGGACAAGAUGCGCGCCCGUGACCACACCGUGUCGGCCACUCACGGAGACAUGGAUCAGAACACCCGGGACAUCAUCAUGCGAGAGUUCCGUUCGGGGUCUUCCCGAGUUUUGAUCACAACGGACCUGUUGGCGCGGGGUAUCGACGUGCAGCAGGUGUCUUUGGUGAUCAACUACGACCUGCCAACUCAGCCGGAGAACUACCUUCACCGUAUCGGUCGCAGUGGGCGGUUCGGGCGCAAGGGAGUAGCGAUAAACUUUGUGACGAAGGAGGACGAGCGCAUGCUCCAGGACAUCCAGAGGUUCUACAACACCGUGGUUGAGGAGCUCCCGUCGAAUGUCGCGGAUCUUCUGUAGGUCGGGGAUAGUUCUGCAGGAGCACGUGAGUUGUAAUAUGCAUACUAGGCUGUUAAUGUAUUAUUUUCUGGUUAAGCUGUACUGUGAUGUUCUUUAGUGAGCAGCUUAAUCAAUUGUGUUUUUGUAAGUGCGUUUCUUUAGUAUAGUUUUUUUUAGCAUUCCUUUAACAUCUUUUCUGUAGCCGGAAAUUAUUUAACAUCUGCCAGAUUUUUAUGUCUUUGUAGAAUUAUUGAUGUUUCUGUUGCAGUUUCCGCACGGUGGUUGGGUUAUGGUGUACGUGGCCUUCGGUUCUAUUGAGGGAUUUUUCAGUCGGUCAGAAUUAUUAGGUCUAUUUCAGUCACUUUUAAAUUUAGUGUGAGAAGGAGACAACGGGAGAUUUGUCGUGUGUAAAGUGUUCGGCUCAUCGGAAUCGCUUGUCUCCUUUCGGAUUUGGCUCUGGAAUUAAAGGUUUUUAUUUAC